AUGGCCGGAGGGGGGAGGCCGAGGCCGCUGCGGCUGGUGCAGGAAGGGCGGCUGGAUCUGCUGCGGGAUGAGCCCUUGGAGCCGGCGGGGCGGAGCUACGGGCGCUCGGGGGACACUUUGCUGCACCAGGCGGCCCGGUUCGGCCACCCAGAUGUCCUCGCCUACCUGGUGGAGGCGCUGGAGAUGGACCUGGAGGCGUUCAAUAGCGACUACAAGAGACCCCUCCACGAGGCAGCCUCCAUGGGCCACCUGGAAUGUGUCUCCUACCUCCUGGAGAGAGGAGCCAGCGUGGAUUGCUUGAAGAAGGGAGACUGGACUCCCCUGAUGAUGGCUUGCACCAGGCAAAACCUGGAGGUGAUCAAAGCUCUGGUGGAUCAUGGAGCCAACCCACUGCUGAAGAACAAGGAUGGCUGGAAUUGCUUCCACAUUGCCAGCCGGGAGGGGCAUCCCCAUGUCCUCCAGUACCUCCUGGAUGUGUCCCCAGGCUGUUGGGACACUGAGAGCACAAUCAACAGAACACCUCUGCACACAGCAGCCAUGCACGGCUGUUUGGAGGCUGUGGAGCUGCUCCUGGAGCGGUGCCAGUACAAACCUGACAGCAGAGACAGAUGUGGAGUCACUCCCUUUAUGGAUGCUGUCCAGAACGGGCAUGUUGACAUUGCCAGGCUGCUCCUGGAAAAACACCAGGCCUGUCCUACAGCCGUGGAUGCGCUGGGCGCUCAGCCCCUGCACCGGGCAGCUGUCACAGCCCAGGAUGAAGCCAUCCAGUUCCUUGUCUCUGACCUGGGUGUGGAUGUCAAUGAGAGGGUGACAACCCUCCAGCUCACAGCACUACACUACGCAGCCAAGGAAGGACACACACACACCAUCCAGAGGCUGCUGUCCCUCGGUGCUGAUCUGCAGGCAAAGGAUGGGAAGAGCCGUUCUGCCCUGCACGCAGCCUGUGCCGGGCAGCAGGCGGCUGCCGCACAGGUCCUGCUCCAGGCCGGGCUGCGCGACGCUCCUGAUGGCACGGGCACACUGGCACAGCAGCUUGCCAGGAAGCCAGAUGUCAUCCAGGUUUUCCAGGAAACCAGUGUCAGCACCUGA